AUGCACGAGCAGGCUGCCAAAGCUCCCGAGGUAGUACAUGACCAAAAUAGUCACUAUUACACCCCUACCGGGUAUGAAGCUUCAACUCCUGCCGGGUAUGAGGCUUUAGGUCCCAAGGAACAAAGGCCUCCAUUUGGUCUGGGACUAUGGGGAUUUGCCGGACUUAUUGCUUUUUUGACAGCCAUUAUUGUCGGCGCUGGUGUCGGUGGAGGACUGGGUGCUGCUUUGGCGAAUAAAUCUGGCGACAGUUCAGCAGAACCCACCUCAUGCCCAACCUUGGACAACAGUACAUCCGAUACGGCCCCCUACGUCCCCAAGGCGGCCUCCGACGUUACAAAUCUGCAAUUGAAUUGUCCCGAAAAGUUGAGCGAUGAGCAAUCUCAUUUCAAUACGGGUUACCAGUUCAGGUGGUGGUGUGGCGUGAACGCGCCGCUGAGUGAGAAGGCAAAGGAAGGUGGUACUAUCUUUGACUACGUUGCUUUCUUCUCUUACUCUAUCGAGGACUGCAUGGGAGCUUGUGUUAAUAUGAACACGAUAGACGACAAGACACACACCGGACUGAGAUGCAGAAGCGUUGUCUUUGCAACAAACAUGUCGGCAGUGAUUGAAACAAAACAAUAUGGCAACUGUUGGCUGAAAAAUGGGACAAAAGCGAAGGGUAGUAAUUGGGAGUUCAAGAAACGAUACAUUGCAUACGCGGAGCUGAUCGACUAG